GUUUAAAGUCUGUGAUUGAGCUGAUUAUGCGCUGGCUUAUAAAUACUGAAACACCACCGACGAAGAAAUUCAUCAGAUCCAAAACAAUUUCACUUCUUCUCUACGGAAAAUCUGCAUGAACUCUGGUUGGACUUCCCUAUAAUUCCCAUUCUUUUCUCUCCUUUUUCCUUGCAUUAAUCAACACCAUUGACGACCACACCCACCUUUCUGAUCAGGGAUUUUGAGGAAGGACUUUAAGGCUUGGAAUUCAUAAUGUUCAGGUCAUCCCCUCGAAGGAGUCAGAGAUCCAAAGGCUUUAAGGUAAAGCAUGCUUUACAAAUCUUUAUUUUGCUUGGGGUUUGCGUCUGGCUCGUUUACCAAGUUCAGCAUUCUCGUGGUAAGAAAGCUACUUUCAAUGAGAGCACAAAACUUGAUGAGGUUGUGAAAUUAGGGAGGAAAGAUCUCCAUCCGAGAGUUGAUGAAAACAUCACAAGAGAUGAGAGCCACAGAGAGGAUGAAGAAGAAACCAGGAGUGAGCUGGAAAAGGGUAUGUCUGGGAGUGAUAAUGAAGAAAAGGGGGGUGGGAAUGAUGAAUUUCACGAUCAACAAGAAGUUCAGGAGGACACUGAGAAUAAAGAUUUUGUGGUGGAUAUAGAGAAAGAGAGAGAGGAGAACAGUGAGGUUAGGAAAGAAACAGAAACUGAAGAGAACAAAGAAAUUGAAAACGAAAACAAAGAAAAUGAAGAGAUUAAAGAGAAUGAUAAGGAAAAUGGAGAGAUUCAAAAGAGUCAGAGUGAUGAGAAUGGAGAGGAGGGUAGAGGGGGAGGGAUUGAAGAGAAUGUAAACGAAGAAAGCAAAGAACACGGCAAUCAAGAAGUGAAUGGAAAUGAAGAAAGCAAAGGACAGGAAAAUCAAGACGUGAAUGGAAACGAAGAAAGCAAGGUGCAGGAAAAUCAAGGCUUAAGUGGAAACGAAGAAAGCAAAGAGCAGGAAAAUCAAGACGUCAAUGGAAACAAUGAAAGCAAAGGGCAGGAAAAUCAAGACGUCAAUGGAAACGAAGAAAGCAAAGUGCAGGAAAAUCAAGAUGUAAAUGGAAACGAAGAAAGCAAAGGACAGGAAAAUGAAGACAUGAAUGGGAACGAAGAAAGCAAAGGGAAAGAAAAUCAAGACGUGAAUGGAAACGAAGAAAGCAAAGGGCAGGAAAAUCAAGACCAAAAUGGAAAUGAAGAAAGCAAAAUACAGGAAAAUCAAGACGUGAAUGGAAACGAAGAAAGCAAAGGGCAGGAAAAUCAAGAUCAAAAUGGAAACGAAGAAAGCAAAGUACAAGAAAAUCAAGACGUUAAUGGAAGCGAAGAAAACAAAGUACAGGGAAAUCAAGACGUAAAUGGAAAUGACGAAAGCAAAGGGCAGGGAAAUCAAGACGUGAAUGGAAGCGAAGAAAGCAAAGGACUAGAAAAUCAAGAGGUGAAUGGAAGCGAAGAAAGCAAAGGACUAGAAAAUCAAGAGGUGAAUGGAAGCGAAGAAAGCAAAGGACUAGAAAAUCAAGAGGUGAAUGGAAACGAAGAAAGCAAAGGACUGGAAAAUCAAGAGGUUAAUGGAAACGAAGAAAGAAAAGGACUGGAGAAUCAAGAAGUGAAUGGAAAUGAAGAAAGCAAAGAACUGGAAAAUCAAGAGGUGAAUGGAAACGAAGGAAGCAAAGGACUGGAGAAUCAAGAAGGGAAUGGAAAUGAAGAAAGCAAAGGACUUGAGAAUCAAGAAGGGAAUGGAAAUGAAGAAAGUAAAGAAAAGGGGAAUCAAGAAGAAAAUGAAGGUAAAGAUAAGGUAAAUGAGAUGCCGACUGAAGACAGGAAGGAAAAUGAAAACGAGGAGAGAAGCCAGAGUAAUGAGAGUGGAAUGGGGGAGAAGAAUGAAGAAAACAAAGAAAAUGAAAAUCGAGAGGAGAGGAUUAUUGAAGAGACGGAUAAAAAAGAUAGCAACAAUGGAGGAGAAAGAGAGAAGGAGAGUGGUGACAAUGAGAAGGAAGAGACCAAGGAGAAGGACAGAGAAGAUGUUAAUGUAGAAACCAAAGAGGCCAUCAGUGAGACCAAGGAAGGUUCCCAAGAUACCAUGGAAAACAACGGUAACGAGAACAAGGAGGAGAACAACGAAAACGAGACAGUCAAGAAGGAUGAACAGAAGGAAGUUAGUAUUAAGAGUGUAGUUCCAGCUGAAGAACAGGUUCAAGAUGGGAAUGACAAGAGUAAUAACGAUGCAAGAGAAGCACAAUACAAAGGGGAUAAUGCUUCCAGUGCUGUACAUGAGGAUCAAAACACAGCCACUGGAAAUGGGCAGGAUGGUUUUGCAAAAUUAAAUGAGGUAGAGUCAGUUGAAAACAAAGAAAACUAUGAAUCUCAGCACAAGGAUGCACAGACGAUUCGCGAAGAUGUUGAUUCUGAUAGAAAUGAACCAGUCCAAAAUGGAAGUGAAGCUGAAAAAAAUGGAAACAACCAAUCUGAGGUACCCGAAGAAGUGACUAAUAACAAUGAAGAGCAGCCAGUGUCCAAGGAGAAUGACCAGCACGAUUCAGUAUCCCAAGAGUCGAAUACUUCUGAGCCCGAUCAAUCAGAUCGACAAGUGAGCCACAAUGAAAAUGAAAAUGCUGUUCAUAGCAACUCGAAUGAUGAUUCUUCAGGUCAAAAGAAUGACCAUGAUAAUCCUACAGAUAUGUCAAACUCCCAAGAGAAUGAUGCAUCAUCAAACACUAUUGAAGGUGCUGGUGCUGGACGGCAUGACAAUGAGAACGUUGAUCAAAGCAAUGGAAAUAAUAGCGAUCACACGAAAGAAAAUUUUGAUUCCCACAAUGAGGGUGUCAGAUUUUCUGAUACAAAAAGCAGUGAGGAUCAGGGUAAUACUGGUGAUUCUUCAGGAUCUUCUUUACCUCAGGAGGAGAAGGAUACUCUGACAGAUUUGGAUACCUUACCCGAAAGCAGAACAGAAGGGAAUAACAAGGAUGAAACAGCCACAGAGUGACAUCCUAUAUCCUCUUCAUAAGGAAUUUUCGUCAUUCUAUUUGUUUUCUGUUUCUUAAGGAUCUUAAUUGUUUCUGAUUCUAUGCGGCAACACGUCCUUUAAGCAAAAAAAAAGAAAAAAGAAAAAAGAAAAAAUAUAUAUAUACUUGCAUAUAUAUCUUUUUUGUUUUUGCUGCAGGAAGAAUUUGGAAAGCUAGGAUGAUUUUUGAGCAUUUGAUGCUUCAGAUUAGUUCAUUGAGUGGUCUUUUGAGAGUCAAAUUUUUAGUAGAUACGUUUGUAAUCUUCUUUUUCUUCCCUAAUGUUUGUUGGAUGAUAUCAUGAUGCUGCCUGGUGGAACACCUUUUGGUAUCAGUUUUCUCCUAUCAUAUGCAUCUCUAUAUUUAAUAGAAGAAUUUAUCUCAGUUUCUUACA